AAUAAAAUAAAGAGGCGUCACUAUGAUGAUGCUACAAAUCUGUGUUGAGUAUCCAUCCAACACAGUUAGUAGCUGAUGAGACAGAGCCUUCGGAUUUCUCUUCAGUUGUGUCGCAAUUCAAGAGUCCCAUGGCGGCUUUGUCUUCCACAUCCCUUCCAAACCUUCCCAAAUUUUCAUCCCACAAAUUCAAUUUCCACCCACAACAGCUACUCAGUUUACGCCCUCGCUCCCCAAAAUCGAAGCCAAACAACCCCUUAUUUUUUACCAGAGUCCCAACCUCUACAUGCGAGCGCUGCAACGUGUUCAGCGAGGAACUGAUCGGAAGCGUGGCGGAGGAGGAGGGUUACAGCAGCUCCAUGGACGAUAGGCAAUUCGUGCGUUGGUUCCGUGAGACGUGGCCGUACUUGAGGGUCCACCGUGGUGCGACCUUCGUUGUCAUCGUUUCCGGUGAAAUUGUUGCUAGUCGUUACUUGGAUCCCAUUCUCAAGGAUAUAGCCUUUCUUCAUCACCUGGGAAUCCGGUUUGUUCUUGUUCCGGGGACCCAUAUGCAAAUUGACAAUCUUUUGCGUGAGAGAGGGAGAGAACCUAAGUAUGUUGGUCCAUAUAGGGUAACUGAUGAUGAGUCUCUAGCAGCUGCAAUGGAAGCAGCUGGGAGAAUAAGAUUGAUGAUUGAAGCGAAGCUUUCUCCUGGACCCUCCAUUUGCAAUAUUCGUCGACAUGGUGACAAUAGCCGUUUGCAUGAAGUUGGUGUCAGUGUUGCAAGUGGAAACUUUCUUGCAGCCAAGAGAAGAGGGGUUGUCAAAGGAGUUGAUUUUGGGUCAACUGGGGAGGUUAAAAAAGUAGACGUUUCUCGCAUGCGUGAGAGGCUUGAUGGCAACUGCAUUGUUAUUUUAAGCAACUUGGGUUACUCCAGCUCUGGAGAAGUAUUAGAUUGCAAUACCUAUGAAGUUGCAACAGCUUGUGCGUUGGCAAUAGGAGCAGACAAGCUUAUAUGCAUUAUGGAUGGUCCGAUCCUGGAUGAAAGUGGACACCUUAUUCGCUUCUUGACUCUUCAAGAGGCAGACAUGCUAAUCCGUAAACGGGUUGAACAAAGUGAAACAGCUGCUAACUAUGUCAAAGCUGUUGCGGAAGAAAGUUUCAACACACUUAAUAAAUUUAAUGGGGAUCCGCGGAAUGGAAAUCCGUUUUCAGGACUUCAUAUUGCAACCUUCCAUAAUGGUGUUGGUUUUGACAGUGGGAAUGGCCUUUGGUCUGGGGAGCAGGGUUUUGCUAUAGGAGGUCAGGAGUCCCUAAGUCGGACGAGUGGUUACCUGUCAGAGCUAGCUGCAGCAGCUUUCGUUUGCAGAGGCGGUGUUCAAAGAGUUCAUUUGUUGGAUGGCACUAUUAGUGGAGUUCUAUUGUUGGAAUUGUUCAAGAGAGAUGGGAUGGGGACAAUGGUGGCUAGUGACCUUUAUGAAGGCACCCGGAUGGCUCAAGGAACAGAUAUUUCUGGAAUUAAACAACUUAUCCAGCCUUUACAGGAGUCUGGCAUAUUAGUUAUGCGGACUGAUGAAGAGCUGCUUCAAUCGUUAGGGUCCUUCAUUGUUGUGGAAAGAGAAGGUCAAAUAAUUGCUUGCGCUGCACUUUUUCCUUUCUUUGAAGAGAAGUGUGGAGAGGUUGCUGCAAUUGCAGUAUCCCCUGAUUGUAGAGGCCAAGGACAGGGAGACAAAUUACUCGAUUAUAUAGAGAAGAAGGCAUCAUAUCUUGGAUUUGAAAUGCUUUUCUUGCUUACAACUCGUACAGCAGAUUGGUUUGUGAGACGUGGAUUUUCAGAAUGUUCAAUUGAUUUUAUUCCUGAGAAGAAAAGGAAAAAGAUUAAUCUAUCCCGCAAGUCCAAGUAUUACAGGAAGAAGCUUCUACCUAAUAAGAGUGGAAUUACUUUUGGUAGCAAUUUUUCUUCCCAUUAGCAUAUCUUUUUGUUCACUGGGGAAAGGUUAGUUAGAUAAAGCGUUUGGCAUUUUCUUAGAGUGUAGGUAAUAAUCUCAUAAUUAUAUGUUUUCUGGAAAAUCAAUAGCUAUUACAAGUUUUCUACCUCCCAGUUUUGUGUUA